CCGUCUGCUUGCUUGUGUUUGGGCCUCCACGUGCUCUACGCUUUUAAUUGUUUUAGCGGCAGCUAACUCCGUUUGGGAAGUUUUCUUGUUUGCUCGGGCGUGAUUAGCCCAGUUACUUGCGCGGGAACUCGGCAGUCGCGCGCUUAGACCUUGGACGCUACUGCGUCCAAGGGGCUCAACGUCCUUUGCGACGAUGAGCACAGCGCGAUACGCGAAGAAACGGUGCUCCGUGGAAGUGUGUGAAAGCGACACCCGCACGGCUGGCGUCUCGCUGCACCGGUUUCCCCUCGACUCUCGAAGGCGCGAAGUCUGGGUUCGGUUUUGCAACAACCGAAGUCUACAGGGGAAGACUCCAUGGCAGCUACGAGACAGGGUAGUUUGCUCAUUACAUUUCGAGGAGUCGGCUUUCUUGCGGCCUGGACACCUCCGUCACAAUGCGUUGCCAAGUGUUCUUCCCACAAAAGAGACGACGCGUGGGGACAUUUCCAGCAAAAGCUCUCCUGGUUCUGCAGGUGUGCAUGAGCUAAGUUCGCCACUCUCAUCGAGCUGCACAUACUUGGGCAGUUCAGAGUCACGGAGCUUCUCUGGUCACCCUGACGACCAUUCUUCCGAAAUGGAGCUUUCGUGGGAACAAGAGAGCAUUUCGCCAGCCCCAUCGAGCUGCACGUACUCGGGCCGCUCAGACUCGCGGAGUUCCUGUGGUCACCCUGACGACCAGUCUUCUGAGGUGGAACUUUCGUGGGAACAAGAGAGCAGUUCGCCAGCCUCAUCGAGCUGCAUGUACUCGGGGCGCUCAGACUCGCGGAGUUCCUGUGGUCACCCUGACGACCAGUCUUCUGAGGUGGAACUUUCGUGGGAACAAGAGAGCAGUUCGCCAGCCUCAUCGAGCUGCAUGUACUCGGGGCGCUCAGACUCGCGGAGUUCCUGUGGUCACCCUGACGACCAGUCUUCUGAGGUGGAACUUUCGUGGGAACAAGAGAGCAGUUCGCCAGCCUCAUCGAGCUGCACAUACUCCGGCCGCUCAGACUGGUGGAGUUUCUGCGGUCACCCUGACAACCAGUCUUCUGAAAUAAACCUGUCAUGGAACGCAGAGCGGAUUUCUGCGGCUCCGUUGGACCACACAUACUCGUGCACCGUACUGAAGAAUAGUCCACUAGGGGCCCAUAUUGAUCACAGCUACGCUCUACCUCAAGAUGCUUUUGGUUUCUUCACCGUCGUCUAG